UGCUCCUAUUGGCUUCUGCUCGUCUAACGUGUCAAAUCGUGUAAAUAGUGUAAAGAUCAAACCAGCUGUGGAGAAUAUACAUCUACACCAGUGAAAUCAUUACAAAAAUGUACACUUAGAAAAUCGGAAUUACCUACAACUUAAGAAAAGAUGGAGAAUAUACAAAACAUUCCUAUCGACAUACAAACCAGCAAGCUUGUGGAUUGGCUAGUCGAUCGACGACAUUGUAAUCUGAAAUGGCAAAGUUCAGUCAUGGAGAUUCGGAAGAAGAUCAACACUGCCAUCCAAGACAUGCCAGAAAAUGAAGAAAUAAAGCAUCUGCUUGCUGGCUCCUACAUCCACUACUUCCACUGCGUGAGGAUUGUGGAGAUACUGAAGGGAACAGAGGCUUCCUCCAAGAAUAUCUUUGGCAGAUAUUCUUCUCAAAGGAUGAAGGACUGGCAGGAAAUCCUGUCCCUUUACGAGAAAGAUAAUGCCUACCUGGCGGAGGUGGCCAGUCUGCUGAGCCGCAGCGUUAGCUACGAGGGCCCUGCUCUGAGGAAGCAGGUGGCCAAGGCCCAGCAGCAGCAGCAGGACCUCACCCGGCGCGAGGUCGAGUGCCAGAGCUCCUCGGCCGACCUGCGGGAACGCUACUACGGAGCGUGCAAACAGUACGGCAUCACGGGAGAGAAUGUGGCUCGGGAGCUUCAAGCUCUGGUCAAAGACCUCCCCACCGUCCUGGAGGAAACAGGCCGAGAGGCUUCAAGGCUGGAGGAGCACAUCCAACUCUAUACUGUUUUCACAAACUUUGUCUCAGAUUGGUCUGAGCCAGUCCUGCCUUUACUUACGUUUGCCCAGAAGAAAGGUAACACAACGUUCUAUGAGUGGAGGACCGGCCACGCUCCUGUGGUCGUGGAUAAGCCUGUAAUGGAUGAGGCCCCGGCUGAUACGGUCACCGAGGAAACGAUUAACUGGGGUGACUUUGGCGAUGGAACAGAAACUCAGGAAGUGAAUUUCGGUAUCACGGCUGAGGAUGGAGUGGACUGGGGAAUAAGUUUGGAUUCUGACUCAAAGGACGAUGAAGGUGGCAUUGACUGGGGCGAAAGUGGAGAAGCGCCAAUCGAAAUUGAAGUAUUAGAUGGCGGAACUGACUGUCCAGAGGGUGUUGCAAGGGGAGAGGAUGCCCUCACGAUUCUGGAGAACCCUCAGUCACGGAACCAGUUCAUCGAUGAACUCAUGGAGCUGGAGACCUUCCUGGCGCAGAGGCUGAGCGAAAUGGGCGAGAACGCCGACGUGGUCGCCAUGAGCCAGUUCCAGCUGGCCCCCACCAUCAUCCAAGGCCAGACCCGGGACCACAUCCAGGACCUGCAGGCAGUGGUGUCCGACCUCCUGAGGCGGCUGACCUCCCUCAGGAUGCAGCACCUCUUCAUGAUUCUGGCUUCACCCAGGUAUGUUGAGCGUGUGUCCGAGACACUGAGACAGAAGCUGAAGCAGGCGGACAUUUUGGUUCUGAAACGCGCCACGAUGGCUGAUAAUAGGCAGAAAGCUCUGGAAGAACAGGCCAAGCUGGAACCCCGUAUCGACCUGCUGGCAAAAACCACCCGUGAGCUUCAGAAACUGAUUGAAGCAGACAUUUCAAAGCGAUACAACAACAGACCGGUAAACCUGAUGGGGGUGAAUGUGUAGUUUGCAGAUGUCUCAUGUCGUUUGGCAAAUAAAUGUUUUAUUUAAUGUGUCA